AUGCCACAAAUAGCUAAGCCUAUGUCACAAAUAGCUAAGCCUAUGCCACAAAAAGCUAAGCCUAUGUCACAAAUAGCUAAGCCUAUGCCACAAAUAGCUAAGCCUAUGCCACAAAUAGCUAAGCGUAUGCCACAAAUAGCUAAGCCUAUGUCACAAAUAGCUAAGCCUAUGCCACAAAAAGCUAAGCCUAUGCCAUAA